CCUGGCUGCUCAUUGAGGAAGAGCUGAUACAGUGUUACAACAGCCUUCUUAGUUCCUGCUUUUAGUGUCCACUGGAUUACAGGGGACUCUACAAUGACCUUGGUGAGCAGAGAAGUUUUCGGCACUUUGCCUGAUGGUGGAGGCACAGUGGAAAAGUUCCAUCUUGAAUCAGACUUCUUAAGAGCAGAUGUCAUAUCAUAUGGAUGCAUACUAACUCGCCUAGAAACUAAAGACAGUCAUGGAAAUUUCUCCGAUAUCAUUCUUGGAUUUGAUGAUUUAGAAGGUUAUUUGAACAAACACCCCUAUUUUGGAGCAGUGGUUGGACGUGUGGCAAACCGUAUUGCCAAUGGCAAGUUUUCAGUGGAUGGAAAAGAUUAUCAGCUAGCCAUCAAUAAUCGGCCAAACAGCAUCCAUGGCGGACUCAAAGGGUUUGAUAAGGUGCUCUGGAUUCCUGAGGUGAUUCAGAAUGGUGUGCGUUUCUCUUAUACUAGUGCAGAUGGUGAAGAGGGAUACCCUGGAGAAUUAAAAGUCUGGGUGACGUAUGUGGUCCAUGGCUGUAAAUUAACAAUUAAUUACAAAGCUCACAGCAGCAAGGCCACUCCCAUCAAUCUGACCAAUCACUCCUACUUCAACUUAGCAGGACAGGGCUCUGGUGUAAUAUAUGACCAUCGGGUUACUAUUGAUGCUGACCAUUAUUUGCCUGUAGAUGACACUAUGAUACCCACAGGACAGGUGGCACCAGUUGAAGGAACAGCCUUUGAUUUAAGGACACCAGUUGAACUUGAAAAUCAUAUAAAGAAUUUUAAUUUAAAUGGUUUCGAUCACAACUUUUGUUUGGCGGUAAACAAUGAACUAAAGCAGUGCGCAAGGGUCCAUCAUCCAGCUAGUGGCAGAGUGCUUACUGUCAGCACAACUCAACCUGGCGUGCAGUUUUACACAGCUAAUUUUUUGGAUGGAACUCUGAAAGGCAAGGGAGGUUCCGUGUAUCCAAAGCAUUCUGCAUUUUGUCUGGAAACGCAAGCGUGGCCAGAUGCUGUUAACAAGUCACAGUUCCCAAGUACUCUACUACACCCUGGAGAGGAGUAUAAACACACUACCUGUUUUGACUUUGCAUAACUUCCGUAACUCGGAGAUUGAAGAAAAUGGCUCAGAGGAAUGGCGUUGAAGAGAUGAGAACAUGUUUAUCACGGUUAAAUGACAGAAAUAAAGAUUGAUGUUGCAAAAAUUCU